AUGGCCCCCAGCACACUCACCCCCGGCACCGCGGGCAUAUCCGGGGCCCUCGCGAUCUGGCUCAGCAACGGGUUCGUAAUCAGCCUGAUCCUCGCGCGUCUAGUUCUGCGCCGGUGGCGGCACGACAGCAGUAGGAACGCGUUCACGGCGGGCGACGGCUGGCUCGUGGUGGCGCUGGUCUUCCACGAGCUGCGUGUCGCGGGGGAUUGCUACAUGAACAAGUACGGGACGCCGCUGAGCGUGUCCAUGAACUACGUGAUAAUCCCAUGGGUGGCGGGCAUAGCAAGCGAAGUCCCCUUGACGGAAGCCGAGCUGGGCGGUCUUGUCCUGGCGGGAAAGUUGAUGAUAGUAACCCGGAUAGCCGUCGUCGUGGUGCUAUGGAGUCUGAAAAUAUCGGUCCUGGACUAUCUCGGCAGUCUUUUGGAAACGAUUCGCUGCAAACAGACAGGCAUCCGGAUCAUGUACGUGAUCCUGGCCAUGACGUUCUCGGCAUCGAUUUUGUCCGUUUUCCUCGAAUGCAGACCUUUCGAACUUAACUGGACCUUGUUCCCCGACGUGGCUAAAUGCUCAUUUGAUACCCAGUGGCUAGUUAUUUAUGAAAUAUGCAACAUCAUUACUGAUACUAUGCUACUCUUUCUACCCAUACUGUUGAUUCUCGGUUCACCAAUUUCGGAGUGGGAGCAACCCCAACGUCCCGUCGCUAGACUCUUCGGUAUCUGGGUGUUUGGGCUUGGCGCAACCCUAGUUGCGAUUGAGAUCGUCCGUCUAGUACAGGGACUUCUAUAUACAAACACGCUCCUGAAUAGAAUAGUAUGGGGAUCGAUUGAAGUAGCACUCGCCACUGCGGUCACUACCUUACCGACAAUCUACAUCUUGCUGAGAGAAGGGUCUCAGGAACAGCUGGAACGAAGCAAGAAGAGCAGCCAUACGGGUACAGGCACAAUAUCCGCGUCCCCCAAAGCCAGCGAUGAAGGAAGGCACGGAGAAAGCUGCGCAUCGGAACAGACAGCUACUUUGAACGAUAACAGCCUACCGCGACAUAAUGCACGCGAGGAUAAGACACUAAUAUCCACGGAGAUGGGCCAAGAAGAGGAUACGCGCAGGCGAGCGACUUGGAACCAAGCGCGGAGCUCCGUGAUUGGCUCCAUACUGGACUCCAUGCUAUCAGAAGCAAAGAAGCGAGACAGCUGGUCAAGACCCGGAUCAGUAAUCAGAAACUCGCUCCGAGGCGCAGACGCAAGUUCAAGGGACAGUAUGAGGAUGCAAGUUGCCGACGAUAAUCUUCAAGACAUUCUCAUGGAGUGGAUAGAGUUGGAGGAAACGGAAUCUGGAAGUGUUCACCCCUCAGAGGUACCCGACAACGCAGAGUACAAAGGUGUAGAGAUCAUGGUUGCGAGAGAGAUCAGCCAGGAGGCUCGUCGGGAACCGGAACUUGGCCAGCGACCACGUCUCAUCACGAUACCAGGGCGAUCCAAGCUGGCUUGCCCUGCCCGAUAG